AUGGAGAACGGAAUCCCCCGCCGCGCUCGCGCUCAGUCUCUACCUAUAUUUUCUCCCGUCUCAUCUUUUGAUCAGAUGCCGCCACCGCCGCCUCCAAACAACACUACAAAUGAUGAUUCGAUUACCACCACCUCCGCAGCUCCUCCUCCACCCGGCGCCGAUGACCAGUUGCAGUCGAUUCUAGCCUCCGCUCGGCCGUUCCUCCGCGGCGAGCUCGAAUCGGUGGACGAGAACCUGCCCCGGCUCCUCGCCGUCCUGCGCUCCGUCGGCGCAGGGGAGUGCUGGCACAAGCACGGCAGCUUCCUCGACCACCUCCUCCACACCUACCGCAUCCUCAAGCUGUGGGGGGCUCCAGACGCCGUCUGCCUCUGCGGCCUCUUCCACUCCGCCUACUCCAACGCCUACGUCAACCUCGCCAUCUUCGACCCUUCCACCGGCCGCGACGUCGUCAGGGCGCACGUCGGCGACGACGCAGAGAGCCUGAUCCACUUGUUCUGCGUCGUCCCCCGGCACUCCCUGAUCCACGACGACCUCCUGUUCAAGUACCGCGACGAAGUCGAGCUCCGCGAACACCUAUCACAAUCGGAGAUUUCCCUGCGGGAGGCGGAGAAGGGGGGAUUCGAUGCUGGGGAGGCGUGGAGGGUGAAAUUGAACUCGAUUUUGCCCAGAGAAGGGGUGAAGGUAAAGCACAUCAAGACCGGAGAGGAGAUUCGGUUGUCGAGAAGAGUUUUGGCGGUGUUUUUGUUGAUGACGAUGGCCGAUUUCAGCGAUCAAUUGUACGGAUUUCAGGAUGCGAUGUUCGAAAACUCCGACGGGAGGUUGGAGUUCUCCGGGGACAAUUACCUAGCUCUGUGGCCAGGAGACGGCAGGCCUGGGCUGUGGAUCAACUCGGUCUCGAGGAUGGGCGCUGUUUACUCGUUGAUUGUGAGGGAGGAGGAGAUUGUCGAGAAGGAGAUGGGAAUUAGGGUUUCGGAUUUCAACUGA